AUUUUCUGCAUUUGAGAAACAUGGAGAGAAUGGAGAAACUUCUUUAUGAAGCAUCACUAGAAGGAAACAUAAACAUCUUGCAAAUGUUGCUCCAAAAAGAUCCACUAAUUCUUGAUAAAGCUACCCUAAACCAGCAUGAUGACAUGCCUCUACAUAUUGCAUCUAUGCUUGGACACAUUGGUUUUGUGAAAGAGAUCUUAACCCGAAAGCCGAAACUCUGUAUGGAAUGCGAUUCGCAAAGACGCUUGCCACUUCAUAUAGCAUCUGCUAAAGGCCAUGUGGAUAUAGUUAAAGCGUUGUUAUCGGCUAACCCUGAGACUUGUACUGCACGCGACCGCGAUGGGAGAAACGCGCUUCAUGUUGCAGCCGUUAAAGGACAGUGUGAAGUUGUGAAAGUGUUGGUGCAAGCUCAACCUCAUGCGGCUAGAGCCAUGGUGCAGCAGGAGACCAUCUUGCACUUGUGUGUGAAGCAUAACCAACUAGAGGUUUUGAAGUUGUUAAUAGAGACUAUGGGUGAUCAUGAGUUUGUAAACACUAAAGAUUCUCAUGGCAAUACUAUACUACAUCUUGCUGUUGCUGACAAACAAAUUGAGACAGUAAACUUCUUGCUAUUGAAUACAACGGUAGAAAUGAACGCGUCAAACACCAACGGGGAAACAGCGAUGGAUAUAUUGGCUCAAGGUCCUAGAGAUACGAAAGAUCAACAGAUCAAACGAUGUCUAAUGCGUGCAGGAGAGACUGAAACGAAAAAAGAAAUUUUUCUUAGACAAAUUCCUCAAAAUCCCAGAAGCCAAAUAGGGGAUGAGAACAUGAGGCGUUAUGACACACCGCGGUUAAAAAAAGAGUCGAAGAACAAUGAUGAUUGGUUAGACAAGAAGAGAAACACUUUGAUGGUUGUGGCAUCAUUGAUAGCAACCAUGGCCUUUCAAGCAGGCACUAAUCCUCCGAGUGGCGUUUGGCAAGACAACUCAAUCGCGCAGGCUGGAUCGGCUGUCAUGUUAUACAAUCAUCCGAAUUAUUACCAUACGUUUCUAGUUUGCAACACGGUGGCCUUUGUUUCGACUCUUAGCAUCAUCUUGUUGCUUAUUAGUGGAUUACCUUUUUUAAGGCAUAAGGUUUUCUUGUGGAUUCUAAUGGUUAUUAUGUGGAUUGCUACUACCUCUAUGUCAAUCAGUUAUGCAGUUGCCAUAUCGGUUUUGACACCAAAACCCGAGGCACAGACAUUUAAGAACGUAGUAAAUGGUGUCGUGUUGGUUUGGAUUGGCUUGAUGACAUUACUAGUUGGGGGACACGCCAUUCGGCUGAUGGAAAUCUUCCAUAAGUUACCAAACUCUAGAAAGAAGGCCAUCUUGGGUCCAAUUAUCAUGGACCAUACUUAAAUUUAAACUUGUAAAAUAUUUAGCCAUUGAAACCUUAGAUGUGUAGGUGUGAUGUAUCAACAUAUAGCACAUGUACACAAGACUCUUUAAGAGAAUUUGAGAAUAGUUGUGAUUGUUGCAAAAUAAA